UAAAAUAAUACAACUAUCAAGAAACUAUCAACAAACUUUUGAAUUACAAUAAUAACAUUAAAUAUUCAUAUAUUAAAAGUGUAACAAGAUCUCACAACUUUAAAACAUCACAAUAUUUCUUGUUGAGGUGACUUCUGUCUUGUGAGCACUAGUCAGUUCUUGAUGGACCUUAACAGAUGCCUCAACUGCUCUAAAUGUUUUGUUUACAUCAUUUUGGGAAUUCAGUAGGAACUACAAAUGGCUGCCAAGUUAGAAAUAAUAAACAAUGUGUUAGCUCUGAAAGCUUUUUGUGUGCUGAAAUAAGCAGAAAGUACUACUAUAAUAACAUGGAUGGAUUUCAAAGUAUACAUUCCCCUAAAUAACAAUCAGUGCACUUAAUCAAUAGCAGCUGGGAAAAGUUGUUCUAUAGAUAACGAAUAGCUGAAGUCCAAAGGUCUGAAAAGAUAAAGAUAAAUCAGAAAAAGCAAUCUGAUUUCUUUGGAUCUGUUUGUUGAGUUUGUGGGAAAAUAUAUGAAAAGGCAAAAAUAAAAACAUAAACAUAAACCUUAGACUAAAGACACUGUUGCUGUAUAACAGUCUCAUGAAGAGGAUCCUUAGGGUUGUCUGUAAUUUAAAGAAAUUCAUGUAGAAUCCUUCUUUGCACCAUCAUUUCCAGAGGUUCCACAGUCGUCCCCAGAAAAGAACAAGAACAGAACCAGCCAUCUUUAUCAGGUCGGUGAAGCCACAGCGUCAGAGUCCAGAGUCCAGCCCUGUCUGUUGUCCAGACGAACACCGAGGUUACCACAAUAUUGAGGCAACUUCAUGGAGAAAGCUAAAGGAAUCCCUUUAAGAUGACACGCACAGACCCACCUGAUAUACUGGUAUCAACUGUGCAUCAAAACAUAAAAGUGAUUCCUAUAUCUACCCACUACAAAUCUUUGCAACCCUCCAAACAAUGUGAUUUUAUAAAUUCCAUUACACUGGAGGACCAUCAGAGCAAAGUUAAUAAGAGGCACUGUCGAACCUUUGACUAUAAGUCAUUGGAGUACCCAAAAUCACACAAGUCCUCAAUGGAGUCCCCACACAGAAAAGCUGAUAGGCAUGCAGCCAACCCAGAUGUUGCUUGGAAUGCCUUGAGUCGCCACCAGAGAUACCGUUUUUCUGCUCCAGACAUUUUCAGUCACAGAUUAAUUCCUCAAUCAGUGACUGUAGAAAGGGCAAGUGAGAUAGUUGUCCCUGAAAAUAAAAGAAGGACCAGGUCAAAAAGUGCCUCUCGUGUUCAGACUGGCCUCACUCCUGUGACUUUUGAAGGUUACUCAUCAUCAGGAAGGAAAGGAAGAGAGUCCCAAAGGGUUCCAAGAGAUUCUCGCUUAAGAGCUGAAGCAUCCCCACUUAGAGAGUCAUCUUAUGCAGCAACAAGGACUCAUAUGCAUGAAGUACAUCCCAUUAAGCUGCAGCCUCAAAUUGGUGACAGUAGUAGAUAUUCACCACACUAUGUUUCUGAUAAAUUUGAGGAUGGAAGUCUAGAUAAAUCAGCAACUAGUCCCCAUGUUAGGUGUCGAGUGGACAUCAAGCCCGAUGUGGCAUUACAUCAUUCAGGUCGAAAACAGACAACAUCUGCAAUGGACAUACCCUGGCAGAGGCAUCACAGUACUGGGAGAAGUCUGACUGUGCCACGUCAUUUCUCCUACUCCAGAACUCCAACUCCUACUGACUCAAUGGGUGCAGAAAGUAGGCAAGCUUAUCAAUAUUCCCGAAGCAUGCCAAAUACUUACCUACAACACAUGGAGCUUCCUUUACAAAGAAUGCCUUCUGCUAGUCAUUAUUAUGGUAGAGAACAAAGAGCUCAUUCCAGUCCUAAUGUGCCAACAAAUUUUUUUUAUGCAGACGAUGUAGCCAGAUAUGUGACUGCUCCUGCUCCAAAACCAGGAUCUGUUUUUCAUGAUGAGCAUUACACACCAGGUAAAACAUACAGUCCCAAAGUACAGUAUGUGCAAGAUCCAAGGACUCGAGUAGUGCAUGCUGUAACUUCUAGACCAUAUUAUUCUGAAAUGGAGCCCCACCCUUACUCUGUACAGUCAGGAUAUCCCAAACAAUAUGCUGAAAAUGAACCAGGGCCAUACAUCAUAAGCACACCCCCCACAAGUAUAUUGUAUGGUGAUGAUCCAAGAACUUAUCAAAUUCAGACAGCACCACCACGACUUUAUUAUUCCAAUGAUAUGUUUGCAGUGCCCCCAGAGCACCAUGUUCCACCAAGGGCAUAUUAUACUGAAGGUCGAAGACAUGCUAGAGUCACUCAACCACAAAUUGAUGACUGGUAUGGCUCUGAUGCAUCUGGUUAUUCUACCAAUCCUGCCUCCUACGUGUCACAGAUCACUCCAACCAGAAUCCGGCAAGAGCCUGUACUAACUCCAUGGUAUACCAAUCCAUGUGUAGAACCUCAAAAAAUAGGUACAGAUUCCAAAUCUUAUUCCAGGUCUUGGGACAAUAUUCUCAACUCACGUGUAGAAAGAAAACAACCUCUUCCUGUACAAAGAGGUCAGAGCUAUGAUGAUCUUCUGGACUCCAGGAAGCCGCCUACAGUCAGAGGUGACAAGCCAAAACCAGUGGUAGUCAAUCUUUCCAGUUCACCAAGACGCUAUGCAGCCUUAUCAGUAUCUGAUAACUCACUUAUUGACAAAAGUCCAACAGAGACGUUAAAAAGUCCCACAAGCAAACUUUGGUUUGUUACUCCUGAAAUAACAAUCACUGAUAAUGACACUAGGCCAGGAAAUCUUAACAAGGCUGAAGGACGGUCUGCAAGUUGGGAUAUUCUUGACUCUAGAAACACUGAGGGUCUAGAAUUACAUGACUUUGAUAGCUCAACCAAAGAAAAGACACAUGAUAAUGCCUCACUUCAGCAGAGCCUUGAGCAGCUUGAUGAGCUCCUAGCAGAUCUUGUGACGGACUACAAGCCACCCAGUAGACGAACAAGUGAGGAGAUUUUGGACCAAUUAAAGAAGUUAAUUGAUGAGGAAGAAGCAGUAUCUCUGUCUAGAAAAUGCUCAAAGCCAGAUACAGACGAACCACUGCCUCUGGACAAGCAGCCAACUUCAAUAAAAAUUAAUCCAGAUGUUUUUCGUGACAUGGAUGGGCCAAGUGAUGCAAUGAAGACCGCAGAAGAAUGCUCUCCAGAUCAAAGUCCAGAUGAGGAUGAUACAAUGAUGUGCUCCAACAAUAAGUGCCGGAGAACAGAGACCUUAUUCAAUGCUUGUCUUUACUUUAAAUCUUGCCACAGCUGUUACACCUACUACUGCUCUCGGAACUGCCGGAGAGAGGAUUGGGACAUACAUAAAGAAAGCUGCUUAUAUGGAAGAAUUGGAAGCACAUGCCGGCAUAUUAUAAAACACUGCCGGGAGACUGUUGAAGUCCACAAAGCCUUCUCCCGUAUUGCCAAGGUUGGCUACCUUUCUCGAGGUCGGGGGGUUCUCUUCCUUGGCUUUCCAAAUCCUUCUUCAUCUUGUAGCUUCCUGCAAUAUGGCCUGAAUAGUUUACCAAUGUCUCCUACUUACCUGUCUCUCCGGGAGCUUGAAAGCUUCAAGGACAACCUGGGGGAAUACUGUAAAGAGCUGCAAGAAGCUGGUAAAGAAUAUGACCCAAACGAAUGUUUCAUCUUGAAUGUAUCCAUUGCUGUGGGUGACCAGCUGCCCGAUGGGCCAUCGCCAAGGAAUGAAGCUCCUACAGUCAGAAAAUAUGCAAAAAUUGCAUUGGCUUCCUUUAGUCCUGAGAGAAAGGUUCACAAGAAAGAGGGUGACAUGGAAACACUGAUCCUUACACCACCUCCAGGAACGGCUGAUAUUGACAUGGAAGGAGAGGAAGGUCUGAAGGCACGAGAAAUCUGUUUUAUCAAUAUACAACGGGAACUGAGAAUGAGAGGAGUUUUUCUACGCCAUGAAUACCCAAAUGUGUAUCAACAGCUUUGUGAAUUUGUGGAAAGCAACAGAAGGUUCACACCCACAACUAUUUAUCCAAUUGAUAAAAGAACUGGCAAACAGUUUAUGUGCAUGAUCAUGGCUGCCUCUGAGCCCAGAACACUGGACUGGGUUGGCACACCACAUCUGCUUGAUGACAUCAUUUAAGGGCACCUUUUGUUGAAAAUAGAUGUGUAUAGAAAUACAUGCAAAUUUUUGCACAUAUUUCUAUUGGUCUAGCUGUAUACAGUUGUGUGUAGUGCAGCUAUAGAAAUUGCAUACAUUCACACCUGCUUGGUCAGUAGUAUUUAUUAUUAAAAUAUUUCUCAUCAGGUGUAGAAGUACAAUAUGUUAGUUAUUUAUUUUAACACUAUAAAAUGUUUUAAGUCAUUCAUAAGUCAUUUCCUGGUUUUCUGCUGUUACAAGACAUUCACUAUGGUUGGGACUAUUAAACUCACAAAGUACUACUGAAUUCACAUAUUGUUUUUUUAAUCUCAGAUAAGUAAAUGGUGGUUAUUAUUUUGUCCUGAACCGUUUUACAUGACUGUCUACAUCUGUGAGUAUGACAUAAAUAUUUUCAUAUCUAACUUUAAUGGUAUGACAUGCUGGAAAUAAGAAACAUUAUUUUCUUAGCAACGCAAACACUUUCUAUGCAAAGUUAUUUCAUCAAUUGAGUACCACAUUCCUGCAGGUGUAGCAUCUGCUAUAUUAUGUAUGAUGCAUACAUUUUACUAUAUAAAUAUAUAAAAAGAUUUUAAAGACUGGUGUAAAAAUUUUGAUGAAAGUGUAAAUUCUUAUUAGACAUAAAGGAUGACAGAAAGAAACAUCUUGUGCUGCUCAAGAUAUCUAGUAGAAAAGGCACAUUUUAUAUUGAUUUGAAAAAGUACUCUAUUGAAAACAUGGACUCUUCUGUCUAAAGGCAUACUUAGAGAAGUUCAUAUCAGCAUAACAUUUCUUUAUUCUGCUCUGCAGAAUUAGCAGAGCAAUCCUGGACUUGAAAACUUUGAGGAUGGAUCUUAAAAUGGUGCCAGUUACAAGCCCCACUAGAGGGUGUUGGCCUGUACUCUUCAGUUUAAACACUGUGAAUAGUGAAAGUUAUCUAAAACAAACCUCAACUUGGUCAAAUACCAACAUAUAAUGCAACUUCUUUGAAAUACAAUUUUAUGAGUUAUCUUUUUAGAUAUUUUCACAAAUUAAUCUAUAGGAGUUACUGUCCUUUAAAACAAAGUGAGCCAGAUUUUGGCACGGUAAUUGCCAAAAUCACAGUUACCGUCCUUUCUGAAAUAGGGACAGAAGAAGUUAGCUGUGAAUUUGUGCUGAUCUAGGUUUAUUUCAUGUAUGAUGUCCUUAUUAGUUUUAGCGAAUCAGAGUCUAUAAUUUGUUUAUUAGGUACAAAAAUGUAGAAAGUUUAAUAAUACCACUUAGUCAUAUUGCCUCAUUCUUUCUGUUGAUUGUGUAUUUGUAGCAUCUUAAAUCUUACUUUUAUUGUAGAGGUGAAUGGAAAGAAGGGUGUGGUUUGAAUUUAUUGUAUGUUUGAGUGCUAAUAUUCUACCUAAAUAUGGUUUACCUGACACCACAGAAACAUACAAGUCACAGUAUAUCACAAAUAUGUAAAUUUCCUAUUACGGUAAUCACAAAUGAAGGUUAAUCAAUUUGUUGUCCUUAAGCGAUUUACCUUUCUCAGUCCUCAGAAUCUGUACAACAAAGUGCAAUGAAACUUGAGGCUUACAUAUAUAUUUAAAAAAAACAACAACUACUUUUAAAAUGAAGUACUGUAAAAAAAAAAAAAAAGAAAAAAAAAAAACUUGAAAAGUUGACUGGCUGCAUGUUAUCUAAUUUUUCUUCUCCAAUCUCAUUUUAACAUGUUAGUAACUGAAACAUGCUUGAUGAAUGAGCAGUGAAAGUGACACAAUGCUGUCCAAGAUUUGUUUUCUUCAUUUCUAUUUACCAUGUUAAACAAUAAGAGACCUCACUAAAUUGUUUAGAAGAUUCUGUAAUCUUGUAUUUUUUAUACUUUCAACAUAUGUGUAUUGUGUGUGUGUGUCUAUUUAUAAACCAUGUCCAAUAAAUGGAACAGGAACUGCCUUCUU